AUGGUAGAGGAUUUUGUACAAUCAUUCCAUUUGGAAAUCACUUUAGAUGUUCAUGCUAUGCUGGCUAUACAGGGCAUCAAUGCCAAACAGCCUUACAGACUCAAAGAUAUCCUUGUGAUCAGAACCCUUGCAAAUUUGGUACCUGCUAUAACACGUACAAUGGAUCCCAAUCAGGAUAUAUUUGCCUUUGUAAAAAAGGCUAUUUUGGAAAUAAGUGCUAUUUUGAAGAGAAAAGUUAUUGUCCUAGCGCGUGUGCAAGCUCUCCAUGUAGCAAAAAUGGGCUAUGCGUUAAUCAGAAUCAAGGUAACACUUACAAGUGUUUAUGUAAAGAAGGCUAUACUGGUGCUAUUUGUCAAAGUCAAACGACUCAUAAGCCUAAUAAUUAUAGCACAAGUGCCCCCACUUAGUAAACCAAUUAAUUCACCUCAAGUGAGAUUAGUUGGUGGACGUAACCGAUUUGAGGGUCGCGUCGAAGUAUUGCACAAUAAUAAGUGGGGUACAAUAUGCGAUAACGGUUGGGAUCUCCAGGAUGCCAAGGUAGUUUGCCGGCAACUUGGAUUUCAAACAGCUGUUGGUAAAGCAUGCUGUGGUAAUUUUGGUCGAGGUACAGGCACUGUCUGGUUAAGCAAUGUAAACUGUACUGGUUACGAGAAUUCAUUAGGAAACUGCUGUCUUGGUACUUAUGGCUCUAAUCAAUGCAGCCAUGCUAAUGACGCAGGAGUCAUGUGCACAGGUCAGAAUAUAAAUGGAGAUUUAAGAUUAGUUGAUAGCCAAAACAAGAAUCAUAAAAGCGGAAGAGUUGAAACAUUCUAUAAUGGCACAUGGGGAACCAUUUGCGGUGACCCUUUCGACUUACUAUCAGCGAAUGUUGUUUGUCGUCAGCUCGGAUUUGCAAAAGCUUCCAGCUUCUCAACUAUUAGUCCUAACUCUGCCAAGUAUCAAAACGUACCAAUUCAUUUGGAUAAUGUUCACUGUUCAGGUUCUGAAAGUUCAUUAAUUAAAUGUGCACAUGGUGGUUGGAGUAGUAAUAAUUGCAAGCACAGUCAAGAUGUCAGCGUUACCUGUCAAGAUGCUUGCGAAGUUACACCAUGUGUCAAUGGUACAUGUAUUCAAGGAUCUGGUAAAAGUUUUUGUGCAUGUUCCCCUGGCUACGGUGGAAAAUUAUGUCAGUUCAAGGACAGCUGUGCAACCCACCCUUGUCCAUCUAACGCUACAUGUCAAAAUGUACAGACUGGUUUCUCUUGCAAAUGUCCGGAAGGAUACUAUGGACGAUCAUGUGAACUUGGACCUGCAGCUGAGGGAGAUAUCCACUUAGUUAAUAGUACCCUUAGAAACUCUGGACGAUUAGAAAUUUUCCAUAAUGGUAUUUGGGGAACGAUAUGCGGUCAGAACUUUGAUAUGAAAAGUGCUACCGUCGCUUGCCGUCAAUUAGGAUACAAGUAUUCUCAAAAUUUCCAAUGCUGUGGAAAUAACGGAAUUGGCAAUAGCUAUAUGUGGCUGGAUUCAGUUCACUGUUAUGGUAAUGAAACUAGCUUAACAAACUGUCCACAUAGUGGGUGGGGUCUAAGACGUUGCAGUGCAAGAAAUACGGUUUCUGUUUCCUGUACAAGUAACCCUUGUCAGGCUAAUUUAUGCCAAAAUGGUAUUUGCACCCUAAUUGGAAAUGGCUACUCAUGCAGUUGUUAUCAAGGCUGGAACGGCUCUAAUUGCGAUGUAGUUGCAAUGAAAAAUUCUUCAUGUAUCCCAAAUCGUUGCGUUAAUGGUAACUGUCUUGAAAUUAACAAUUUACAAUAUUCUUGUAACUGUUCAAGUGGCUAUACUGGAGUAAACUGUGAAUCAGAAAACUCAUGUGGUUCUUCACCAUGCAGUCGCGGCACAUGCAUUAAUGCCUACCCUGGAUAUAAUUGCACCUGUCCCAUAGGAUGGGGAGGCAAAAUUUGUGAUAUGAGUAUUAGCUGCUCCUCAUCUCCCUGUGCUAGCAAUGCAACAUGUACUAACAAACUAAAUGGUGGUUAUACCUGCAAUUGCCCAAUGGACUUUUACGGAAAAAAUUGUGAAAUGGGUCCAGCAGAUGAUUACACGAUUAUGAUAUCCGCUAGCAACAACCCUAGCAGUGGCUUGAUCAACAUAUUUUUCAACUCAACCUGGGGAACUAUAUGUGAUCAAAAUUUUGAUAUGAUGGAUGCAGUUGUUGCUUGUCGUCAACUAGGCUAUGUGACAGCGGCUGGCUUUAGGUGUUGUGCUGGAUACGGCCAAGGAAACGGACCAGUCUUCUUUACCGAUUUUGCUUGCAAAGGAAAUGAAACACAAUUGUCGGAUUGCGAUCAUCAAAUGCUUCUGGGUAGCUCCGCUAUGUGUGAUCAUACGAAAGAUGUUGGUAUUCAGUGUUCAAACGAUCCCUGUGGAUCUUCGCCCUGUAUGAACGGAAAAUGUAGUAAAUUAGGUGAUGGGUUUAACUGCACUUGCAAUGUAGGCUUCAGAGGAGAUCUUUGUCAAUUCAUUGAUAGCUGCACAACUCAGCCAUGUGUAGCAAAUUCAACAUGCCAAAACAUUCAAAAUAGCCACACUUGUCUUUGUCAAUCUAAUAAGUAUGGAAAUCUUUGCCAGCAAGAUAACCCACCACAAGAAGGAAUGGUACAGUUAGCGGGGACUACGUCUGCUACAAGAGGAAGAGUAGAAAUUUAUCAUAGCGGCAAAUGGGGUUCAAUUUGUGGAAAUAACUUCACAUAUAGUGAUGCCUAUGUUGUAUGUCGACAGCUAGGAUUUUCAACUGCUGUAUCAUUUACUACCAAGGCUAAUACUUAUGGACAAGGUCAUGGCAAAAUUUGGUUGUCAUAUUUACGAUGUUACGGCAAUGAAUCAUCCAUAACGAGCUGUCAACAACGUAGCCAAUGGGGCUCAAGUUCUUGUCAGCACACGCAAGAUGCAGGCGUUUCAUGCUCAAAGACAAUAUGCGAUUCGAAUCCUUGUGAUUUCGGAUUGUGUACCAGUAACGCAACAAGUUAUUCAUGUAACUGUAAUUUUGGAUUUACGGGCAGUAGAUGUGAACUGAGAGAUACAUGUCUUUCUAAUCCUUGUCCUUCCAAUGGAACCUGUACUGUUAAUUCCAAUGGCUAUAACUGUUUAUGUCCACAAAAUUCAUAUGGAUCUUUCUGUCAAUUUCGUCCUUUAAAAAAUAGAGCUAUCCGAUUAGUUGGAGGCACCGUGUUAUCUGGCCGUCUUGAAAUAUAUUAUAAUAACAGUUGGGGUACAGUUUAUGAUCGGAACUUUAGCCGAGUUGAAGGUGAUGUUGCUUGUCGUGAAAUGGGAUAUGCUCGCGCUGGGCAAGUGCGUUGCUGCGGUGCAUAUGGAGCUGGCCAAGGCCCAGUGUGGCUAGAUGAAGUUAAAUGUAAUGGCAAUGAAAGUACUUUAGCUUCUUGCAAACUGGGUGCAUGGGGAAAUAAGCAAUGCGAUCACCGCCGAGAUGUGGGUUUAAUUUGUCAAAGAAAUCCUUGUUUUCCUUCAUCGCCUUGUCUAUACGGUUCCUGUGUUGUUAAUGGAAAUUCUUAUACUUGCACUUGCUAUCCGGGGUUCACUGGGAUUAACUGUAACACAAGAAUCAACCAUUGUGACGCUAAUCCUUGUCCAAAUAAUGCAACAUGUUCCAAUUUUAAUGAUGGUUAUCGCUGUCUGUGCCCUGGAGCUUCUUUCGGGGAACAAUGUCAAUUUGAUCAGCCCAAAGAUUAUGACAUCACGCUAGAUUAUACCCAUGCACCUGGACAAGGCUACUUGUUAGUUUAUCUUAAUCAAACCUGGGGCAGAAUCUGUUUUGAUGGUUACACUAGAUACAGCCAGUUCAAUAAUGAAAUUAUUUGUCGUCAGCUUGGUUAUACAUCAUUCGAAAACUGGCUAGCACCAGCUUCCUUCACCUCAGAAAGACCAAUAAUUAUGAACGAUCUAUACUGCAAAGGCAUAGAAUCGAAAAUAUCCCAAUGUGAACAUAGCAAAAGCAAUGUUGGUUAUUGUACAAGGAAUCGCAAUAGGCCCAUUGGCGUUAAAUGCUCAGAUCAUCAAUGCUCUCAGAAUAAUCAUUGCAAUCAUGGAUACUGUAUUAUUUUAAGCAGUAAUACAUAUUCAUGUGUCUGUGAACCAGGUUGGACAGGACAGCAUUGCUUAACCAACAUUAACGAAUGUGCCUCCAAUCCAUGUGGAAAUAGUACUUCUAUGAUUUGUUCAGAUCUAAUCAAUAAUUAUGGCUGUAGCUGUGUUAGCGGCCGCUCCGGCUAUAAAUGCAUGUUUGAUAGCGUUGCUAUUGGAGUUCGAUUAGUCGGUGGUAACCACAAUUUUGAAGGCAGAGUGGAAGUUUAUUACAAUAGUCAAUGGGGAACUAUUUGCAACGACAAGUGGAGCAUUAAUAACGCUAAUGUGAUCUGCCGACAGCUAGGAUUUUCUGGAGCUGCUUCUGUACCAUCAACUGCACGAUAUGGCUACGGUUCUGGCAUAAUCGGCUUUGAUGAUAUCCAAUGUAGUGGCAAUGAAACUACAAUUACCAAAUGUCCGCAUCGAUCAUGGGGGAUAAGUAAUUGUGGUCAUUCGGAGGAUGCGGCUGUUGUAUGCAUUGAUAAACCAAUGAAUGCUAUGACUCCACCUCAGCCUCAUCCCGAAACGUGUAUCACAAGACCUCAAGGCUUGAGGUUACCUUGCGACGAUAGACCAUGCGAUCGUUAUAAUGCAACUUGCGUCAAUAUCAACAAUACAAAUUCUUAUACAUGUCGCUGUCAGAUGGGUUUUUUCAAUGGUUCCUCAUGCAUCUCAAAAAUCCCGUAUUCAUUAAUAUCAUUUAAGAAAAUUGGUAGCUUAACUAGUCCAGCUAUGGCUUUAGUAUGCAUUGUAGGCGGUCAUCCGAAACCUAAGAUUCACGUAUACAAAGGGAAUAAGCCUGUUACUUCCGAUGGAAUCGUGACAACCUCUGCAUUUUCAUUUGAUAAAAUCUACUUUAUUUCUACGGUAAACCUAACCUCAGUUAUUUCUGUGCAUUAUGGACGAUAUACAUGUCGUGUUACUUCUUCAUCUCAAAAUAUAACCAGCAAAGCAAUAGUUAUAGAUCCACUAAUCGACGAUUCUAAGACAAUUCAUCAAUUAAUUAUAACAAUAUCAGGUGUUUGUGAUAGUAGUCCAUGUGGAAACAAUGGCUACUGUAGGAGCAGUGCUGAUGAACAAAGCUACAAAUGUUUAUGUUACUCCGGUUUCACUGGAACUAAUUGUCAAAAAGCUAACGUUACCAACCGAUAUCCAUGUGAUAACACGAAGUUAUGUUCAAUUGGAAAGUGCACUAAUGUAUACAACGGUACGAGUUUAACAAGUAUUUGCAAAUGUGAUAUUGGCCAAACAAAUCCAUCAUGCUAUAGAGAUAAAGUGACUUAUUGUCGGGAUCCAUGCAUGAGUAGUCCUUGCAAUAAUGGCUAUUGCUACUCAAUUAGCUUUGGUACUUCUUAUAGGUGCAGCUGCAAGUCUGGCUUUACUGGCAAAACUUGCAAUGUUCAAAUGACCGUUCCUUCCACUCCAGUGGUCAAUGAGCCUAAAAUCCGAUUAGCGAGAGGAUAUAAUCGAUUUGAAGGACGCGUUGAAGUAUUUCGUAAUGGUCGUUGGGGAACAAUAUGCGAUGAUGGUUGGGAUUUAACAGAUGCUAUGGUCGUUUGUCGUCAAUUAGGCUUUACUAAUGCUAUAGGUAAAGGCUGUUGUGGACAGUUUGGAUUUGGUACAGGUCAAAUUUGGUUAAGUAAAGUCAACUGCUAUGGUAAUGAAGGCUCUCUGUCUACUUGCAAUUUAAAUUGGGGUUCAGCUGGCAAUUGUUCACAUCGUAAUGAUGCGGGUGUUAUAUGUAUAGGACCUAAUAGGAAUGGCGACACCCGACUCGUAGAUGUAAGCAAUGAUCAUAAGCACGGACGAGUGGAAGUUUUCUACAAUGGAACUUGGGGAACAGUUUGUAGUGAUGGUUUCGAAUUAACCUCUGCUCACGUUGUAUGCAAGCAAUUAGGAUUUUAUCGAGCUUCUACUUUUAGUCGAACGAGUGAAAACUCGCCUGCGUAUCAGAAUGUGCCAAUUGUUUUGGAUAAUGUACACUGCACUGGCACCGAAUUAUCUAUAUCUCAAUGCAGCAACACUGGCUGGCUUGUAGCUAACGGCUGUACUCAUCACAAAGAUGUUGAAGUAACUUGCCAAGAUGCAUGUCAAGUAGCAAAGUGCGUCAAUGGCCAAUGUGUUGAACAAUUUAAUACUUAUAAAUGUGUCUGCCAACCCGGAUGGGCAGGGGAUAGCUGUGAAUUACGUGACAAUUGUUUAUCACAUCCAUGUUCUGCUAAUGCUACUUGCCUAAACAAUCGAUUUGGCUAUAUAUGCCAAUGUCCGACGUCAUUUUACGGCAAAAACUGUGAACUUGGUCCUGCUAGCAAUGGAGAUGUUCACUUGGUCAAUGGCAGCCAGCCGAAUAUUGGUAGGCUGGAAAUGUAUAACAAUGGCAUAUGGGGAACCGUUUGCGGUACAAAUUUUGAUCAGAAUGACACUAUGGUUGUCUGUCGCCAGUUGGGUUAUAAAUUUGCAUGGUAUAGUCGAUGUUGUGGAGUUCACGGAGCUGGUAAUAAUUACAUGUGGUUGGAUUCAGUCCACUGUAAAGGAGCAGAGCCUAACUUACUAGCAUGUGAACAUAGUGGUCUAGGACUACGCCGUUGCAAUCCGUCUAGCACAGUAUCUGUUGCUUGUCUAAAUGAUGCCUGUUUAUCAAGUCCUUGUUGGAAUGGAGUUUGCAUCUCAACACCAACUGGACACACAUGUAAUUGCUACGCUGGUUGGACCGGCCUUAACUGCGCCACAAUCGGAACACAAAAUAAUACUUGCGCUACAAACCCAUGUCUGAAUGGUAAUUGCAUCAACACCAAUAAUGGAAAUAAUUUUACUUGCCAAUGCCAAGGAGGCUAUACUGGUAGGCGUUGCGAAACAGAAAAUAGAUGCCUCCUGUCACCUUGUGCCAAUGGAACUUGCACUCCUCGACUUGGUGGUUUCACUUGUACCUGUUUAUCUGGUUGGACAGGAGCAUACUGCAACGCAAGUAAUAGCUGUGCUUCGAGUCCUUGUAGCGCCAACGCAACCUGUCAACAGAACAUUGAUGGUCAUCAGUGCUUAUGCACAAUUGGCUAUUACGGCAGUGUCUGUCAAUAUGGGCCAGCAGCUGAUGGAUCUUUAAGAUUAGUCGGUAACAUGGCUAAUAGGGGGUUACUAGAAGUUUAUCGUAACGGCAUGUGGGGUUCAGUUUGUGAUGCUGGAUUCGGUUAUAUGGAAGCAAUGGUAGCGUGUCGCCAAUUAGGAUAUAAUACGGCUGUUCGUGUUCGCUGUUGUGCACUUUUUGGCAAGAGUACUGGCCCCAUUUUGCUAGCCAAUAUCAAUUGCACAGGUACAGAGCAAUCUUUACUCCAAUGCACAUAUGAAAACUGGACAUCGUCCAUGACUGCUUGCACGCACAACAAAGAUGUUGGAAUCCAAUGUUCAGAUGAUUAUUGUGCUUCCAGUCCAUGUGUUUCUGGUUCAUGUAAUUCGCUGAUCAACGGAUACAAUUGUAGUUGUCUUACAGGUUAUAGAGGCAAAAGAUGUGAAUUUAUUGAUGGAUGUUCAGGGAGUCCAUGUUCUACUAAUGCUACCUGCCAAAACAUUGGCAAUACCUUCCGAUGCUUGUGUCCUGGUACUUCUUAUGGCUCAAAUUGUGCCAACGCUGGGCCUCCUGCAAAUGGAGUUAUACAAUUAGCUGGAUCAGCUCAACCAGAUCAAGGCCGCGUAGAAGUCUAUUACAAUGGCAGCUGGGGCACUAUCUGCGAUAAUAACUUCGACUUCAAAGAUGCUACUGUUAUUUGUCAUCAGUUAGGCUAUCUUACAGCACUUACAGCAGGUUGUUGUCCUAUAUCUGGACAAGGAACGGGAUCAGUAUGGCUUAGUAAUUUGCAAUGCGAUGGUACGGAAUCAACGAUAUCUAGCUGCAAGCAUAACGGAUGGGGAAAUAAUACAUGCGCCAAUGCUAAAGAUGCAUCAGUCACCUGCACAAAUAGUUUCUGUGCUUCGUCACCCUGCAUUCUCGGUCAAUGUGCAAGCAAUAGCAAUUCAUAUACGUGUACAUGCAUUUCUGGUUUUACUGGCGUUAACUGCGAAUCAAGAUAUGCCUGUUUCUCCAACCCAUGUCCAGCUAACGCAACGUGUAUCGGUGAUAGCACAUAUUCAUGUCAAUGCCCUCCUGGUUAUUAUGGGCGAUUCUGUGAAAAAGGUCCAGUAAAAGAAGGAGAUAUAACAUUAGUUAACGGACCGACAGCAUUACGUGGUCGAUUGGAAAUAUAUCAUAAUGGCGAAUGGGGAACAGUAUGUGAUCAAAACUUUAACACUACUGAUGGCAAUGUUGUCUGUAGGCAAUUGGGCUAUGCUAGAUCUGUUGGAGUAACGUGCUGUGGAGGAAACGGACAAGGAAUAGGUAAAAUCUGGCUCACCAAUGUCCAGUGUAAUGGCCAAGAAAGUACUUUAUCUCAGUGUUCUCAUACGGGCUGGAAUAAUAAUACCUGUGCACACAGUCGGGACGUUGGAGUUAGCUGUCAACGCGACCCAUGUACUCCAUUCUCACCAUGCUUCCGUGGAUCUUGUGUAGCUAUCAAUUCGGUCAACUAUACAUGCACGUGCUAUCCAGGAUAUACUGGUAGAAACUGCGAUCAAGUCGUUGAUAAUUGCUUACAAAAUCCAUGUUCAAGCAAUGCCACUUGUCAAUCAUUCUUUGGUGGCUACAACUGUGUAUGCCCAGGCACUUCAUUUGGUCCAAUGUGUGAAUAUGCUGCACCUCAAGAAGGUGAUAUUCAACUCAACUACAAUGUAGCUCCUGGAAAUGGCUAUUUAUUGGUGUACCAUAACAAUCAAUGGGGUAGAAUUUGCUUUACUGGUUUCUCUCGUUACUCUGACUUCAAUCAGGAAGUAAUUUGCAGACAGCUUGGAUAUCAAACAUUUCAACCGUGGCUAGCACCGGGUAUAUAUACAGUAGACAAGUCCGUUAUCGUCAACGAUUUAUAUUGCAAAGGAUCUGAAAGUUCGAUCAGACAGUGUACCUACAGUAAGCAAUCAACAGGCUUUUGUACUGGACCUAAUGCUAACAGACCGAUUGGUAUUAAAUGCACAAAUCAUCCAUGUUAUGCAACUGCUGUAUGCAAUCAUGGUUCAUGCAGUGUCUUAACCAAUGGUUCAUAUCAAUGCUUCUGCUACCCUGGAUGGUCGGGAUCUAACUGUAAUCAAAACAUUAAUGAAUGCCAGUCUAAUCCUUGCAGUUCCAACCCAAAUAUGGUAUGCGUAGAUGAAAUUAAUGGUUACUCUUGCAAAUGUGCUGAUGGCUAUACUGGUUAUCAGUGCCGCUACCAGGCAAACAAGAUAGGAAUACGCUUAGUCGAUGGAGGAUCUUAUAUAGAAGGUAGAAUAGAAAUUUAUUCUCAUGGUCAGUGGGGAACAAUUUGUGGUGAUAGUUGGAGCUUGGCCGACGGCAAUGUAGUAUGCCGUCAAUUAGGUUUUCGUGGUGCUCAAGCGGUACCUAAUAUUCAACGAUAUGGUUAUGCCACUGGUCCAAUUAUCUUCGAUGAUGUUCAUUGCGUCGGAUUUGAAAGCUCAAUUUCGAGAUGUCGACAUAGUAGAAUAGGAAUAACAAACUGUGGUCAUGCCGAAGACGCGGCUAUCAUAUGUCAAAAUGCGCCAUUCAACAGCACUAUGUCUAAGCCGUCAAAUACAACAAGUUCUCCACUAGCUUCACUAAUACCAUGUAUUCAGCGGCCUCCAGCACUACAGCUUCCUUGCGACAGUUCGCCGUGCAGCGCUUUCAACACAACUUGUGUCAACAUCUUCAGCGGAACAUCCUUUUAUUGCAAAUGUAAAAUGGGCUAUUUCAAUGGAAUCGGCUGUAUAACUGCAAUACUAGUACAAUUUGAACAAAAUCCGGUUGCGGCUUUUACGACCCUACCAUUAACUUUAACUUGCUCAGCGUAUGGUGAUCCAUUACCAAAAAUAGCAUUCUAUCGUGAAUCUGAAGCGAUUACCACCGGCCCUACUAUAUCAAUAUCAACAACUCCUAAAUCCUACUCUGUGACUCUAACAUUGUCUACGCCGUAUGUAAAUGCCUAUUCUAACCCUAACAGCGUAGAAUUCCGAAAUAUCGAAAGCAGUGUGACCAAUCAAGUUAGGCAAACUUUUGCAGCGAACGCUGUAUCAAGCAACAGCUUUGUAGACGUCAGAGUUGUUUCUAUUAGUCGCUGUAGUACCUGUGCUAGUAGCAGUAUCAACGUCAACUGUGCUAUCUAUUUGAGAUCGACUUCCACCGUACUUCUCAACCAAGUGCAACAAGUUGCAAACACUAUUAAAUCUAUCGGUAGCAUUCAAGUAGCCAACACCACUACUAAUAAUUAUAACCUUUGCAGUACAUCCUUGAAUAACUGUAGCCAAAAUCAAAAUUGUAUGACAAUUGGAUCAUCUAUUCGAUGUGAUUGUAAACCAGGAUUUAAGAAAAACGGCACUGUUUGUUCAGACAUUAACGAAUGCUUAAGUAACAUCUGUCCACCCAAUACCAAUUGCCGUAAUACCAUCGGUUCAUAUAAUUGCCCAUGUAACAGUGGAUACAUAUUGGAUUCAUCUAAUUUCUGUCAAAGCAUAUGCCCAACUGAUUACUGUUUAAAUGGUGGAACUUGCACAACUUUUAAUAAUAAACCAGUAUGCUCUUGCAAUAAUCCAUAUCGAGGCAACCGAUGCGAAACAGGUUCCUCUACGCAAACUGGCACUAUCAUAGGUAUAGCAUUGGGUAGUGUUGCUGCUAUCAUUAUUACCAUGAUCAUUCUGGUCGUCUAUAUUAAGCACAAAUCCGUCCCAGUGAAAAGGCAAUGCUCAUAG